AUGGUGCGAGGACGAAGUGAAACCCCUACCGGUGAAGGCGGUGGAAGAGGUGCUUCCGCUGGUCCUGGUCCUCGCGGAAGAUCGCAAGAUCGCAGUGGCGGAGGCGCUAAUAAUAAUGCUGGCCUCAUGAAGGGCAAACGACGUCCUCCUCCGCCAGAUGGCAACAGCAAUCUAGGUGGUGGUUCCAGUCAUCAUUCUUCUGCUGGUCAAGGAGCAGGAGGACAACAACAACAACAACAACAAUUCAAAACAAAGAAACAUAAAAUGCCCAAACAAGUUCGCAAAGCAGUCCCCAAAAAGGUUCGCAAGGCGACUGGAAAGGGAUACAAACGGGCCAAAAAGAUGGGUGCCAGACCGGUCAAGAAAUUCCAAAAUACUACCUUGGGACAACGGAUUGCCCCUCCCGAAAAGUGUGGGACCGCCAAGAUUUGUUCGUACAUCUUUGCCGUCUUGUUACUCAUUGCCUCGUCCAUUGGACUGGUCAUUGCCACGGGCAAUGCCGGUGCCUUGGAAAAUUUUGCCAAGGGCGUCUCUCCCGAUUUUGACAUUACCAAUUUGCAAGAUCCCUUUGCCGGUGGUCAAAUUGUCGGCGUUUGGUCGGUCCCCAGCAAGACCGGUCUGGAAAUGGAAAUCUUGAAUGCCCUGGACGAUUCCUGGCAGGCCGUCUUCACCCUCGCCGUGACGGAUUGGGAAUUUGGAUCCCCCGAUGCCCUGUCCUUGACCACGACCCGCGUCGAUCACGAUCCCGAAUGCACCCCCGUCGAUGGCAAAAUCAAAGUCUGCAAUGGUGAUUAUGGAGAGCAACCCUGGAGGGGAUUGGCCACUUGUAUUUUGGAUAGGGAUCGGAACUAUGCCAAUUGCAAUGCCAAAAUGAACGAUUACUAUCUGGGCAAUGGGGAUUUAGACUUGAAACAGUAUACCAUGUGUCAUGAGAUUGGUCACGGUUUUGGAUUGCCUCAUACCGAUGAGGACUUUAACAAUGCGGAUCUUGGCAAUUGUUUGGAUUACACCGAGAACUUUAGUGUGAACAAGUCUCCCGAUGCUUCCAAUUAUGACAAAUUGGUGGAAUUUUAUGGUACAGUGGGCGGUGGUGGUGGUGGUGGUGGUAGGAAUCGACGAGGACGAGGACUGGAAGAAGAAGAAGAAGAAGAAGAAGAAAAGAGUAAUAGUAGUCAACAGGGACGAUAUUUGCGGAAACAUGCCAGCCAUAAGAUUCAGACUACUUCGACAUCUACUUUGGAAGUUCAUCAUUCCAAGUCCAAUGAUACUACUGCUGCUGCUGCUACUUCUGCCAGCACUACUACUGCCAGCACUUUUUCGUUUGAAAUGUCCCAAGAACUCCGACUUGCCAAACAAACGGCCCAACCACCGAUCAUUCUUGCUCCCACUCCGCCGCACAUUUGGGAAAAACGUAAAUUCUUAUUGGAACAAUUUGAAUCCAUUGUGAAGAAUCAUCAAGGAGUAGGAGGGACUGCUUCCAUCUUUGGUAACAGCGACAGUGGUAGUACUUCGGCCCUGCUUGCCAAGUAUGGAUGGAAGGUGACGGAAAAGACCCUGUUUGAAGUGGAACACAUGAUUGACUUGGGAGAUGGUUAUUCUCUGGAGGUACAGAUUUCGGCUUCCGAUUGGGGAGUUUAA